AUGACAUCCUCUGCGGCUAGUCUGGCUGCUCCUGUUGCUGGAGUCAUUGCUGGCGUAGUCGUGUUCGCAACGGCUAUGAUCAUAUACGGCUACAAGAGCCAACGACGUCGGUGGCAACAGCAGCACGAUGAAGAGGUUUUAAUCGAAACCGAGCAGUGCCAGGUGGAAAACACAACCGUACUCCCUACCCAAAAUUCAAUCAUCGAGGGCGCACUUGCAUCACCAGCAGAUGUUGGCAGAGCUGUAGACGGUGUAAUGCCUGAGCCACCUCCAGUCUCAGGUAUUCGAGCGGGGGCUGCGAAUAUAUCUCCUGUGAAUGACAGCGAAACCCAGGCUCGAGAUGAUGCGGAAUCGCACGCAGAUGACCACGAAUCGAGUCCAGCUGAUGGAUCAAACCAUCCUGAAGCCACAAAUCUCGGGCCGAAAUACGUACGUGGACGACAUGCAAAGGGCCGAGAAGCAGAGCUCUCCCGAAUGGUCGUAGAGCGAGAACGCUCAUUAGCCAGCCUUAGAGCACUCAGCAAUGCUUCUCCAGCGAGCAUGUCUUUACGAAGUCCUACGAGGACCGAUUCCUCAAGCCGCGCAACCUCCAACAUGCGCAUGAUGAUGGAGCGGAUGCAAGCCAUGGAAGAGGAGAUACGCGGGUUGCGGAUGGAACUCGCCCUACUGCACGAUCAGCAACCGCCGGAAUAUGACUCGUGGCAGGAUGAUGAACAUCUUUGA